UUUUUUGAAAACAAUGUAUCCUCUCUCUUUAAUUUUUAUUAUUACAUAAUGAUCGAACAAACCCGUGCUUCAACAUAAACACAAAACAAAAGCAUGAAGAUGAAUAUCAAAGACGACCAACAUAAACCGGUGACGUUUCCUCGAAAAAGCAUUGUGAAGGCUACUGUUUUCAUCGUCGUUCUAUUCAUUUCAGCUGCUCUCUUAGACUUUCUUGGCUAUCUCGAUUUCAAUGCUUUUGCAGGUUUAAAGCUAAUAACAAAGAGAAAAGAACCAAAUCCUUACGGAUGCGACUUCGUACAAAACCAAUCAAACCAAACUCAUUUCUCACAAAACCGUGCCUCGAGAUUAAAUCCUAUCCGUUCAAAACCAUCCACGUGUCCUUCUUAUUUCCGUUGGAUCCAUGAAGAUCUACGGCCGUGGAAACAAACGGGGAUAACUAGAGGGAUGAUCGAAGAAGCGAGUAGAACGGCGCAUUUUAGAUUGGUGAUCCGUAACGGGAAGGCGUACGUUAAGAGAUAUAGGAAGUCAAUUCAAACAAGAGAUGAUUUUACUCUGUGGGGAAUCGUACAGUUGUUACGGUGGUUCCCUGGGAAAUUACCUGAUCUGGAGCUUAUGUUCGACGCUGAUGACCGUCCCGUCGUCCGAUCAGCUGACUUUAUUGGUCAACAGAAGAAACCACCUCCAGUUUUCCGUUACUGUUCAGAUGACGCCAGCUUGGACAUUGUCUUCCCUGAUUGGUCCUUUUGGGGCUGGGCUGAAGUGAACAUAAAGCCAUGGGGAGAAUCGUUGGAGGCAAUAAAAGAAGGGAACAAUAUGACGCAAUGGAAGGAACGCGUGGCGUACGCUUAUUGGAGAGGUAAUCCUCAUGUUGAUCCUGGAAGAGGAGAUCUUCUCAAGUGUAAUGUUUCAGAAAAUGAAGAGUGGAAUACUCGUCUCUAUAUUCAGGAUUGGGAUAAAGAAUCAAAAGAAGGAUACAAGAACUCAAAUCUAGAGAACCAGUGCACCCAUAGAUACAAGAUAUAUAUAGAAGGAUGGGCAUGGUCGGUUAGUGAGAAAUACAUAAUGGCAUGCGACUCGAUGACAUUAUAUGUAAAACCAAGAUUCUAUGAUUUCUACAUACGAGGAAUGAUGCCAUUACAACACUAUUGGCCAAUCAGAGACGAUUCCAAGUGUACUUCUCUCAAAUUCGCCGUACAUUGGGGAAAUACCCACGUGGACAAGGCUCGUGAGAUAGGAGAGCUAGGGAGUAGAUUUAUAAGAGAGGAAGUGAAUAUGAAGUAUGUGUAUGACUACAUGUUUCAUUUACUCAAAGAGUAUGCAACACUCUUGAAAUUUAAGCCGGAGAUUCCUUUGGAUGCGGAGGAGAUCACGCCGGAUAGUAUGGGAUGUCCCGCGACGGAACGGUGGAGAGAUUUCAUGGCAGAGUCGAUGGUUCUGUCUCCAAGUGAAGAGUCUCCUUGUGAGAUGCUUCCUCCUUAUGACCCUCUAGCUUUAAAAGAGGUUCUUGAGAGAAAAGCUAAUUUAACACGUCAGGUUGAGUUGUGGGAAAGCAAAUACUUUCAAGAUCUUACCAACAAACCUUAAAUUGUUCUGUUUUUUUCUUCCUCAUUGAAGAGAUCAACCACAACCAAGUCGUAAUCGAUUGAAAUUACAAGUCAAAGAUCGAAAUUAUAGCUGUGAGUCGUUCAAUUUCUAAGAUGUUUGUUACUUGCCCAAAUUUUUGUUAGUCUGGUUUAGCUUGUAUCUAAAUUAACCAAUAAAAGUGUGCAUUCGAUUAUGAUCGAUACAACAUAAAUAAGCAAA